ACUCCUCCCCGGUACCGGCAGCUAUAAAUCCUUUGGUUCAAAGCAUAUCUCCAGACAUAUCCUGGGCUUCUGAGUGUCCCUGUGGAGACAGCAUGGCUUCCCAUUGUGCUCCCCUCCUGCUGCUUGCCUGUGUGGUGGCCCUGCCUGCCCUGAGUCUUGUUGGUGCUGCCCAAGACCUGACCCUCCUCAGUCGAUCUGUCUCGAAUAGCAGUCCAUCAGCUCUCAGCAUGCUGACAGACGGUAAGCUCCGGCUGGUGAACGGCUCCAAACCCUGCUCCGGACGGGUGGAGGUCUGGUACCGCAAUGAGUGGGGAACAGUGUGUGACGACAGCUGGGACCUGAAAGAUGCCUCUGUGGUCUGUAGGCAACUUGGCUGCGGGGAAGCAGUGUUAGCUCCAUCUCAAGCUUUUUUUGGAAGUGGAUCUGGACCUAUUUGGCUGGAUGAUGUUAACUGCGUUGGGAACGAGAGCCUCCUCACUCAGUGCACGCUGAGAGCCUGGGGACAACACAACUGCAGGCACAGUGAGGAUGCAGGUGUCGUGUGCUCAGGUUGGCCCAAGGACUGCAGUGAGAUCUCUGCGGGCAGCCCCAGCGGCGUCUACGUCAUCCAGCCCUCAGGGCUCCACCCCAUCGUGGUGUACUGCGAGAUGAACGUGACGGACGGGGGCUGGACGGUCAUCCAGAGGAACCGCCACAACACAGACAUCACCUGGGCCGAGUCCUGGAGCACCUACAAGUACGGCUUUGGGAACGUGCGCGGCGACUACUGGCUGGGCACCGAGUACAUCCACCAGAUCGCCAAGCAGAAGGUCUACCAGGUCAGGUUCGUCAUCCAGGAUGCCUCCAACAACAUCAGGUUCGCAGAGUACAACCUCUUCAGUCUGGACGAUGAGUCCCAGGGCUACCGGCUGCGGCUGGGCUCCUACGCAGGCACAGCAGGGGAUGCCAUGAGUGCCAGCACCACUCAUGACAACAUGAAGUUCUCUGCUAAGGACUUGGAUCAGGACACUAACAGCGGGAACUGUGCCUCCGCCUAUGGGGGUGGGUGGUGGUAUUCGUCCUGUUACUCCGUACGGCUGAAUGUCAAGGGUGCCAUAACGUGGAGCGGUCUGUGCAAUGGCAACUGCAGAGCUUCUGCCAUCCUCAUCAAACCAACUACCUACUGCUAGUGCUUCUUGUCUGCCCAUCCAUACCAGGCACAUUGCCUGGGUUCGCAAGAGAUUUUUUCAUCUCUUUUGCGGAAUUGCUCUGCUUCCCUUGCUGGGUUCUUCCUCUGAGCUGUUAUUAUCUUGAUUGCACUAUAAUCAGAAUAACACAUUGCCAAACCUGUCCUUCUGAAAACACAUUGCUUUGGAGAAUAAAAUGUACUUCAGAAACGUAACACCUUG